GACUGGCCACCAUGCACGGCCCCUGCAGUCCGCUGUUCCUGCUGCUGCUGGCAGCCACUGGGGGCCCCGCCGGCGCCCUCACUGAUGAUGAGAAGCACAUGAUGGUGGAGCUUCACAACCUCUACCGGGCCCAGGUGGCUCCCCCUGCCGCGGACAUGCUGCAGAUGAGGUGGGACGAGGAGCUGGCCGCCUUCGCCAAGGCCUACGCGCGCCAGUGCGUGUGGGGCCACAACAAGGAGCGCGGGCGGCGCGGCGAGAACCUGUUCGCCAUCACGGAGGAGGGCUUGGACGUGCCGCUGGCCAUGGAGGAGUGGCACCACGAGCGCGAGCACUACAACCUCAGCACCGCCACCUGCGCCCAGGGCCAGAUGUGCGGCCACUACACGCAGCCAUGUGUAAAAUAAGAGCAAAUCGUCACUGAGCGAAUGUUUCAGGGAGACUUCGAGAUCAUUUCCUGCCCCAGGCAGUCACUUCUUGUUUAUGUCAGGCUUCUCACUGCAUUUUGAAAGUUUGA